AUGAAGCUACUCAAGUUUCUGUGGAUCCCCGUGGUUACGGUCAUAAUCCUCGUGCUGGUGUUGAAUGGCUACAUCUAUUUCAACCAAGACAAUCUUAUCUUCGGAAAGGAAAAGAUCAAUCCCAAGAAAGUCCGUCCUUAUGGAAGUCACUUCGAGGAUGUAUACCUAGAUAUGGACGACGGAAGCAAUUUUAAGUGCUGGUUUAUAAAAGCGAAAGACCACGAGAACAAACCUGUGUUCCUUUACUACCUCGGAAAGGGUGGCUACAUAGAAAAGUAUGUCAAAUUAUUCGACAUGAUUGUGCAGAGGGUGGACGUCAGCAUCUUCUCCUGCUCCAACAGGGGCUGCGGAACGAACGAAGGAAAUCCAUCUGAGGAACAAUUGUACAAGGAUGCCAUGGUGCCCUUCAACUACUUGAAGCAGAAAAAUACCAAGCAGCUCUUCAUCUUCGGAAACUCCAUGGGAGGAGCAGUGGCCCUCGAAACAGCAUCCAAGCACCAAGAGGACAUUCACGGCCUGAUCCUAGAAAACCCAUUUCUCAGCCUGAAGAAAAUAUCGGAGGAAACCAACCCAUUCUUAAAUUUCUUUCUCUUGAGUUUUGAUAUGUUGAUUAGAACCAAAAUGGACAACAUCGAGAAAAUAAAAAAAAUACACAUCCCUCUGUUGGUUAACAUAUCGGAAAUGGAUGAAUUAGUGCCCCCUGAACAUUCGAAGAUAUUAUUUGAGCUCUGCCCGAGCAAGCACAAGUUUAAGUACUUCUCGAAGAAAGGGACGCACAACAACAUAAUAAAGGUCGACGACGGUUCGUAUCACGCAUCGUUGAAGAAAUUCGUCCAAACAGCAAUCAAUGUGCACGAGGGAAUUGCAGAACCACAGGUACCACCACCACCAGCGGCGGCGUAA